AGGCAUGACAAGUUACUCAUGUAAUAAGAAACGAAGAAGACGAGUGAGGCAUUCGUCGUAGUUUUGUUUGCUUUAACCAUCGGAACUUUAAAAUGGGUUAAAAAGCAUAGUCCCCAAAAAGGUAACAAUGGCGUCAAGAGCAUUGAAGCGAGCCGGCAUUCCUUCUAAGUUAUGCGAACAACUCAAACGACAUAAAAUAGAAAGCUGUAAGGAUUUGUUGUUGCACACUGCAUUUGAAGUGAUGCAUGCCGCAGGAUUGAGUUACCAGAAAACUCUGGAGAUGUUGGAGACUGUGAGCAAGGUUACUGCUCCCUCAUUCACCACGGCCUUAGAGUUGUGGAAGCGUCACUCAGAUUCUUGCUUCUCGACAUCAAUAGCUGCUCUGGACAAAGUGCUGCGUGGAGGUCUUCACUGUGGAACCAUAACAGAGGUGACAGGACCAUCUGGAUGUGGGAAAACUCAGUUUUGUUUGAUGCUGAGUGUUGUGACCACUCUGCCGAAGGAGCUGGGCGGCUUGGAUCGCAGCGUGAUCUACAUUGACACCGAGUCAGCGUUCUCUGCUGAGAGGUUGGUGGAGAUUGCACAGAACAGGUUCCCAGACUACUUCAACUCGAGGGAGAAAGUUCUGCAGAUGGCAGGCAGGGUCCAUAUCUUCAGGGAGAUGACCUGCCAGGAUGUCCUCUGCAGACUGGAGAGAUUGGAUGAGAUCAUCAUCUCAACCAAAGCGGGCCUGAUUAUCCUCGACUCAGUUGCUUCAGUGGUGAGAAAGGAAUUUGACACAACGUUGCCCGGCAACCUGUUGCACCGCAGCAACCUGCUCGGACAAGAAGCUACCAUCCUCAGAUAUUUGGCCCAUCAAUUCAACAUCCCUGUGUUCUUAACCAACCAGAUUACGACUCACACCGGGCAUCAAGGUUCGGGUUCAGCUGCUGAGGGGGAUUCGGGCAUCGUGACAGCAGCUUUGGGAAACGCCUGGAGUCACAGUGUCAACACACGUUUGAUCGUCCAAUAUGUUGAUGGACUUAAGAGACAGCUAUUGGUCGCCAAGUCACCCGUGGCUCCCUUUGCUGUGCUGAACUACACAAUCAAGAAGGAAGGAAUCUGUAUGGAUGAAAACGACGACGAGGAGAGAUUUUAUGAGGGCACUGAUCCGAGUCUCCAGUCUAUCGGGGUGAGAACUGCGAUUGGCCUCGAUACAACCUAAAUGGAUGCGCCAAAAUGCAGUGAAAGUCAUCACUCUUUUCAUCAUCGUCAUCAUCACAGUGACUCUUGUGAAAUUAUGCACACAUGGAAAAAAGCCAGAAAAAUACACAUUUGGGUGCCAAUUUCUUUUCUAGUCCCAUUU